UUAUACACAUGUGAAUACUCGUUUAUUAUUUAAAUAUAUGUAUUAAUAAAGUUUAAUAAAACAUAACAAGAAUAUGAAAUUUACGACAAUAAACAAAAUAGAUUUAAAAUUUUGUUAAGUUUUUUAAUAUCAACAAUCAUCCACAAAAUCUUCUUAUCAUAAAAUCACAAGCACUUUUGAGGUUAUUACUGGCUAUCCGGCUUGAUUACAAUUAUAAAUAUAAAAUAUAAAACAAAAUUGUAAAUAUAAAUAAAAAAAAUGGCACUGAGUAUAAAUAGGAUAUUUAAUAUGACAAUGACAAUUAGAAAUCUUCUGGGGUCAUCACGUUUUACCACUUCUGUGAGAUUAUUACAAAAUUCUCACAACAAUUUUAUAUCAGAAAAAGGCACUAGUAAUAUAUUGCAACCACAGCCAUUGGAGUUCAAAGAAACGUCAGACAUAAUGAAGCAAAGAAACCAAUUUAAAUGGUGCGUGUCUAGUUCACAAGUUUUUGAAAUGAUAAAUAAUAGCAAGAGUAUCUCUGGACUCGAAGCCGUUAAUGCUCUAAAAGCGUUAUGUAAGAUUGAUAAAGAAAACAAAGGAUGUAUCGAAUCAAUUAAAAAGAAAAAAGAAUUCAUAGCAUUGUGCGAAGUAAUUAAGAAAGAUUUGCGGGGAUUAUCAAAAGGAAAUGUCAUUGAUGCUCUUAAGGUACUAUUACAUUUUGAUGUACCAGUAACAUCUAUUAUCGUAGAAUCAUUGCUUCAAAUGAUACGUCAGUCAUUGAAUAGCCUGACGUUAGAGCAGAUGAGUUUUUUACACUAUUUAUUGACAAGAGUAAAAGUUAAAACCCCACUAGUUGAAACUUUAAAACUGGCACUACCAAUUGUAUUUGAGGCUCAAAUAAAAACAAAACUUGACACUGAAAAUAUUGACUCAAUGGUAAAUGCUCUAAAGUUUCUAUAUUUAUUGAGUGGUAAUAAUAAUAACGAAGCAAUAAAUUUUGUUAUGAAUAUUCUCAAAGAGCGUAGUGAUUUCAAACUUAAGCAUCCUGACCAUGCUGUAGAUAUCUUAAUAACUCUAUAUAAUAUAAAGGAUAGCAAAAAAUAUUCUGAGUUUAGUGAAAAACUCCAACAAAUAAUUAUUCAAAACGUAGACGAUAUUGAUCUUUCAAGAUUAGAAUUUAUUAUACGUAAAAUGGCACUAAAAAUUAAAUAUUCAGAUCACGAUGUUUAUAAUGAAGGAUUAAUAGAAUCAAUUAUCCAAACGGUAAUAUCAAAAAAUGUGAAAGUUGAUUUAGCGUUAAACAUUUUGGGGAAUUUGAAUAAAAUAAGAUUUGCGUCAACAUCAUUAUUAGAUUACGUUGCCGCUAAAUGUUAUGAAGAUAAUUCUAUAAUUAAUGAAUUAAAUCAAUUUCAAAUACUAGAUAUGUUAUGUGCGAUGUCAUUAGCUGACUAUAAACCCAUAUUUUGGGACUCACUGAAAGAUUUGUUGUUAAACGAAAAACUUCUUCAGUUUAAAUAUUCUGUGAUGGUUAAAACAGCGUUAUUUUUAGCCUCAUUGGAUUGUUAUUGGCCAGAAUUAAUAAAUCGAAUAUUUGAAGAUGAAAAUUGUCGUAGUAAAAACAUAGCAACGGAGGCUUUCUUUGAAACUGGAGGAAACCUUUUGCUCUUACAUUACGCAGUAUCAAAUUUUAGUCCCGAUUAUACGGGAAAAUUAUUAUCUGAUGAUAUUCUCGAAAUAUUUAGAAAUACUCCAACACCUCCACGCAAUAAUUAUCAAUUGAAAUCAGCGCUCGAAUUAUCUCUUGGUGGUCCGCAGUAUAUUAAAACUCAUGUUGAGACUGAAUUCAAACUUUGUAUCGAUCACGUUGUUAUUAUGAGGAAGGGUGGUUUUCCAAUUGCUAUCAAUCCCGACGAUGAAAAAUCUCCUCUAAAUCUUUCCGACCUCCAAUUGAUUCCAGAUAGUCAAGUACUUCUUUUCAUGUAUGUUUCACCAAGUCUUUACGCUCGCAACACUUUACGUUUGACAGGAAUUGGACUGCUUAGGAUUAAGCUGUUAAAAUCCAAGCUAAAUUAUACAGUUAUUCCAGUUAUAUCAUCUAUGUGGGAUAAUUUUACUAACUUGGAAAAAUCACGAUACAUUUCGCAAGCAAUCAAGCUUAAAAGUGAUAAAUUAUCAGCGAGUAUCAACUCUUAAAUGAAUCAUGGUUUUAUACUUAUUAAUUUUUUGCAAUCUGUUGUAUAUGAAAAUAUAAAUUGUUUCCUAUUUA